UAGCCUAUACUCCUCAUCUGCCAUUGCCAUCCUCCCACAUACAUAGGAUCUUACAAUUUAUAUUCCAUUGACUUCUCCCUGCUUUUUAAUCUCGACUUUCUCGACUUUCCUUUAUCCUUUCCAUUUUCCACAUACCUUUUUAACACCUCUAACCACCGGAUUCGCCUAAUCCGGUAAUGUGUCACGUGCAUGAUACUUUUGAAAUUUUUCUUCUGUUGACCUUUCUCAAAGAAACCCUUUGCAGGCAGUUAUAAUCAGAUUUCACCACAUAUACCAAUCUACCAAAUGGAUGCCUAUAACCAAUUGGUCUUGCCAACCAGAGUAAACGACUCAGUUGCCUGCAAUUUCACAAGUUUCAACCAUAAAAAUCUAAUUGUCUCAAAAGGAACAUUAUUACAAAUCUUUAAAAUCUUCACUACCCAAAAUAACAAGAAAAAACUAUCCCUAAUCAAUGAAUAUAAUUUACAAGGAAAAAUAAACAAUAUUCAAGUUUUAAAGUUAUCUUUAAGUGGACUACAUAGUGAUAAUUUUGAUGAUAUUAAUGAUAUCGAUGAUUUUGAAUAUGAAAAUGAAAAUGAUAUUGCCUAUAACAAUAAUCCUCAAUUUUUAAAUAAUACUGAAAAAAAUCAUAAUCAAAAUAAUCAAUUGUAUCUGAAUAAUCCGAAUAAAAACAAAAAGCUAGAUCACUUAUUAAUUUCAACAUCUUUUGCUAAAAUAUCAAUUAUUAAAUGGAAUAUCUCUAAAAAUUCCAUUGAAACUACAUCUUUGCAUUAUUAUGAAAACUAUUUUGAUUCUUUAAAUUCAUUUAAAGAUUUAAACGAAUCCUCAAAAUUAAUAAUGGAUCCAAACUACAUUUGCUCUUGUCUAUGGUUUGAUAAUUUAUUAGCUUUUUUACCUUUUAAACAAGAUUCGGAUUUUGAUUUUAAUUUUCAAUUGGAUAAUAAAAAAACCUCAAAUAAUACCAAUACCAAUACCAAUACCAAUACUGCUGUUACUACUACUAAUACUACUACUACUACCAAUAAUAAUAAUAAUAAUAAUAAUAAUAAUAAUAAUAAUAAUAAUAACAAUGAUAACAAUCUAAAUAUUUCAAAAAACGCCUCUUCAGUAGGUUCUACAAGCCAUAAAAUCAAAAAAAGAAAACUUUUUUCAUCAUCAGAAAACAACCAGAAUUCUUAUAAAAGCGAAUUUAAUGAUAAAGAUAACGAUAAAGAUAAGGACAACGAUAAGUAUAAUAUAUAUAACAAUCAUUCAUUUGAGACUCAUGAUAAAACUCAAGAUCAAAAUCAAAAAGAUUACGAUAUUCUAUCAAGUUAUGAUGACACAAUUUACUAUCCUUCAUUUAUCAUAUUUGCAGAAAAACUAGAUCCUCAAAUAAGCUCAAUCCUAGAUGUUCAGUUUUUAGAAUCUUUCAGAGAGCCAACCUUAGCAAUAUUAUAUUCCCCAAAAAGAACAUGGGCCGGAAAUUUACCAAAAGUUAAAGAUUCGCUUAGUUUGAUUAUUGUUUCAUUAGAUUCUUCUUUAAAGAUAUCAACAACAAUUUUAAACGUUAAAAAUCUACCUUAUGACUUAUUCAAAAUAUUUCCUCUCAAUAGUCAUUUAAAUUCCGGAUGUCUUUUAAUAGGAACUAAUCAAAUAUUGCAUUUGGAUUCUUCAAAUGGCUCAUCUAAGGGCUUAUCCUUGAAUAAUUUUAACAAUUAUUUUUCUUCCAAUUUUAGCACUUAUUUCAAUUUUCAAAAUGAUUUGAAUCUAAAAUUAGAAAAUUCCAUUUUCAAAUAUAUUAAAAACGUCAAUAAAAUAUUGAUUUUAACUCAAAAUCAAGGUUUUUAUUUAUUAACCUUGCAAUUUGAAGGUAGAGAAAUUAAAAAAUUUUAUGUUGAAAAUUUUAAUAUUAACAAUCGUAUAUCGAACGAUAAUUACUUAAUUAAAAAUAUUACCAAUCCCUUAACAAUUACAAUGGUAGAAGAAGAAAAUCUAAUUUUUAUUGGAUCAAAUGAUGGCGACUCUAUUUUAUUGCAAUGGAAUUAUUUUCACGAUACUCUUUCAACUACUUCCAACAAUUUACUUAAACAAAACCGAAGUUCUGUUAAUAAUAGUUCCUCUUCUAAAGAAAAAGAUUUAAAAGUUGAUGAACUUAUAGAAAUUGACACUGAUGAAGAAGAAGUUGUUGAAAAUAAUGAUCAAAACAAUGAAAAGGGUAUCUUUAUAAAGGAACAAGAUACCUCACACUCAGAUUCUGAUUCAGACGAUCUUGAAUACGAAAAAGACGAUGACGAAGAUGAAAUCAAUUACAUCAACGAUACAGUAAAUCCUAAUGACAAGAUAUCAACCUCAAAGGACUUUUUUUUCAAAAUUCAUGAUGUGCUAAUUAAUAAUGGUCCGAUAACAUCCUUUGUUAUUGCUCCUUUAUCCACGUAUAAAUUUAUCAAUGGAUUACAAAAUCCAAACCAUGAUGAAGUUUCAAUUGUUGCAACCAGUGGUGCUAAUAAUUCUUCAUCUAUAACUGUUUUCAAUCCUUCAAUUCAACCAGAAAUUAAAUCGACUCUUAAAUUUAAUAACGAAAUCACCAAUGUUUUUACUUUAACUACAAAAUCUGUUUUAAUUACACGUAAAAAGGGAAUUCGAUUAGAAAAAAACUUUAAUUAUUUGAUUACUACUAAUCACUCUUUACUAAAAAGUGAUAUUUAUUUAGUAAAUGAUAAUUUUAGAAAUUGGACCAAAAGUGAUUUUGUAAUAAAUGAUUUUACUCUUAAUGUAAAUUUUAUUAAUAAAGAAAGACAUAUUGUCCAGAUUUGUAAGAAAAUCAUUUACUUAUUUGAUUUGAAUUUCAAAUUAUUGCAAACUUUAAAAAUAACUGAUAAAUUUGAUAAGAACAAUAUACAAAUACAAUCAGAUAAUGUUCAAAGCAAUAAUAAUAAUAAUAACGAUGACCAAAAUGAUGAAAGUAAUAAUGAGGUUUUUACUUUUGCUGAAGUUUACGCAAAUUAUAUAUUAUUAACAACUUCGACUGGUGCUGCUAGAGUGUUAAAAUUCAUCUCAAAUGUUUUAGACGAUAAUGAAAAGAUAAAUAUUUUUUUUGAAAAAAUUAAACUACCCUCUAUAUUAGAUGAUAUUUUAAUUACAAGUGGAGCAAUCGCCAAUUCAAAGUUAUACAAAUCUGUGAACAAUGUUGACUCAAUUAUUGAUUUUGUGCUUCGGAAAAGAAAUGCUGAUAAAGAAAAUGUAAUAAAAAAAGAAAUAAACACAAAACUAAAUCCAAAAUAUGUUGAAGAUAUUGAUUUGAUGGAUGAAGGUGAAAAAGGAAUUUUGUUUAUAUUGGUUACUGGCGAUAAUAAAGUUAUGAUAUUCCAACCAAAUCAUAAAGAAAAAGUUUUCACGUUGAAUAAUAUUUCAAAACUUUCUAAUUAUCUUUAUUUAAAUUUUUUUGAUAUGAAUGCAAGAAGUGAUGUUGAUCCAUUUAUAAAACAAAUCAAACUAGUCUCUUUGGGUGAUAGAUAUUAUACUAGAGAAUAUUUGAUUUUGUUAACAAUCGGAGGAGAGGUUAUAAUCUACAAUUUAUUUUGGGAUGGUGAAAUUUGUAAAUUUUUGAAACAAGAGAAUUUGCAAAUAACUGGGGCCCCUGAUAAUUCGUUUUCCUGGGGGACGAAGAUUGAAAGAAGAUUACAAUACGUUGAUAAUUUUAAAAAUGGUUUGCAUGUUUGUUUUGUCACAGGAAGAAUACCAUUUAUAAUUAUAAAAGAAUAUCAAUCAAUUCCAAGGAUUUUCAAAUUUACAAGAUUUCCAUCAAUUGCAUUUGCAAGAUUUAAAUACAAGACAUCAUUUAUUAAUAGAAAGCAUAAUCAUAUUUUAAAUUACACUGAUAAAGGAUCAGAUUUUAUUUUUGUUGAUAUUUCCAAAAAUGCUAGAAUUUGCUCAAUACCUUAUGAAAAUAUUGAAACUUAUAUACAUAAUAAUAUUGCCGUUAAUAAUCAUGUCUAUAAUACCCAAAACAAUCAUAAUAAUAACAAUAAAAACAAUAACAAAAAUAAUGAUAAAAAUAAAAAUAGUGAUAAUAAUAACAAUAAUGAUAACGAUAAUGGUGAUGAUAAUGAUAAUAAUGAUAAUAAUGAUAAUAACAAUGUAAACAAUAACAAUGAUGUUAAUGAUAUAAAUGACAAUCAUUCAUACAAUAAAUUGCCAAAAGUAUUUAACUAUAGUAAUAAUUUACCAGUAAUAAAAAUUCCAUUUGAAGAUUGCUUGAAGUCGAUAACAUAUCAUCAAGACACUGGUACAUUUGUGAUAUCAAGUUAUAAAGUAGUUACAUAUAACUCUCUUGAUGAAGAUGGAAAUAAAAUUGUGGGAUUUGACGAUACUAAACCCCAAGCUCUAUCAUAUAAAGGAUUCAUUAGGCUUGUGUCACCUUUAAAUUGGAGUAUCAUUGAUGAAAUUGAUUUAAGUGUUAAUGAAAUAGCACUAAAUGUCAAGUCAAUUUUUUUAAAUAUUGGAUCUUCAACAAAUGAGAAUGAUAGUAGUAAUCCAAUGAGUCAAAAUCCAUUGCUGUUUUUCCAUGAAUUUAAUGAUACAAAUUCUACAGGUAAUAAAAAAAAAAGGGAAAUUAUACUAUUUGGAACAGGAAUAGUGAGAACUGAGGAUUUGGUGUCAAGUGGCGCAUUUAAUCUUUAUGAAAUUAUUGAAGUUGUUCCAGAACCAGGAAAACCAGAAACCAAGCAUAAAUUUAAAGAGUUGUUUCGAGAGAAAACUAAAGGAGCAGUCACUUCAAUAUGUGAGGUUUCAGGUAGAUUUUUAGUGUCCCAGGGGCAGAAAAUAAUUGUUAGAGAUUUACAAGAGGAUAAUACAGUUGUCCCAGUUGCAUUUUUUGAUACUUCUUUAUAUGUCUCUGAAGCUAAAUCGUUUGGAAACUUAAUAAUUUUAGGUGAUGUUAUGAAAAGUAUUUGGUUAUUAGGGUUUGAUGCAGAACCGUAUAGAAUGAUAAUGUUAUCAAAGGAUAAUUGUCAGAUUGAUGUGAAUUGUGCCGAAUUUUUAGUAUAUAAUGGCGAGAUGUUUCUAGUUGUUGCAGACAACGAUAAUACUUUACAUUUAUUAAAAUAUGAUCCAGAUAACUCGACUUCAAAAAAUGGGUAUAAACUACUUCGAGAAUCUAUUUUUAAUAUAAAUUCAUUGACAACAUGUAUGAGAUUUUUACCUAAAAAGCCUAAUUUUUCAACAUAUAUAUCAUCAUCAAAUAAUGAAUUUCAAGUGAUUGGGAGUAAUGUUGACGGGUCUAUUUUUUCAGUGAUUCCAAUUAGCGAAGCAAGUUAUAGAAGAUUACAUAUAUUACAAGAAGAGAUUAUCAAGAAAGACAAAAACAGUUGGUUAGGAUUAAAUGCUAAGGGGAAUAGAUUAUUGCCAUUAAGUUUAAAUAAGUAUUUAAAUUCUAAUUUAAAUAAAGAUUUUUUAAUAAAAUCUUCAUUAAUUGGAGAGAAAAAAUUUAAUAAUAAUAAAAACAUUAAUAAUUUAGGGUUUGGAAAUUACGGUGAUUUUAAUUUUGGGAUGAAUAAUGAUAGUAACAUAAAUGAAAAAAUUAAAAAUGUUAUUGAUUUUGAGGUGAUCAAGAAGUUUAUUAAAAUGAAUGAUGAUAAAAGGAAAAAAUUAGGAAACAAAAUCGGAGAAAAUUAUUACCAAGAGCUAUGGAAGGAUUUAAUUGAUAAUUUAUUAAAUGGGUUUUAAUUGAUUAUUGAAAAUUAAUAUGUAAAUAAUUAAAUAGGAUUAAUAUAAAUGAAGAAAUUAAACCUCCGAAAUAAGCGGCUAUAAUUAAAGGAAUUGGAUAUAAUUGCCAAUCUCUAUCCCAAUCUAAAAUUAUUGUAAAAGUAGAUAACCAGAUUGAAAUAAUUAUUGAAAUAUUGAUUGAUAAUAAAUGAUUAUUAAGUAAAAAAUUCAAAGAAGAAUUUUU